UCAGGUGCAAAACCAAAGAUUUCACAGCUCUACCACAAGAGUUUAUUUAUUUUCAACAAAACAGUUUGUGACCACAAAUGUCCUUUGAAGUUUUUUCUUCGGUUGUUUGAAAGUAUUUCCGAUGAGGACAUGAAACGCGUGACAGACCUUGCUCUCGUUUUGAUCUUCGCCUGUAUCGUGCAGCAGUUCGUACCGGUGAACAGCCUGAGAGAUAGAGGGAAGAGAGCGCAGACAGAUGGGAAGGGGAAAAGACGAGGUCAGCGGCAUGAAAGUGGCCUGAAAGGGAGAUUCUCACUGAAGGACGGAGCGCGGUGCUCGUGGCGUGCGGCGCGCGGGGAUGAUGCGUUUGUACUGGGAGUCACGUGCAAAAACGGGGUAAAGACUUUCGACUGCGAAUAUGUGGCGAAACCCACAGCAUGUCAGCAAUACGUAUCCGAUACCAAAGCCUACUGGAAACAAAUCGCCCGUUCACUGAAAAAGCAGAAGAGUUUGUGUCGCGACUCUACUGCGAUGGUCAAAGCUGGCAUGUGCAGAAGCGCGCCCGCGGACGCGCACUUCAGGCUGAAGGACAAGCGUCCCUCCUCCAGACCCCCGUUACCGCCGGCCGCGGGAAAUAAUCACUGUCCUGACCGAAUCGAGAGGCUGAAAGUGGCUGAAGAUUACUGCAAAAGCGCCUGGUCUUCACUGUGUACAUUUUUCUUCUUGAUGCUCGAGAAUGAUGAAUGCUCAUAAUUGACUUUGAAAAAGUUUCAUUAUUUUCUGAAUGAAAUUAACUUCUUGCACUCCUAUUUUGUGUUUCAUUAUGAGCACUUUAAAUCAACUUUAUUUCUAUUACACAUGGCCAUCAUUUAAAAAAUAAUGCUUCAAAUUCUAGAGGUUUAAACUAUAGCACAGUGUAUUUACAUUUUGGUUUGUAAAAUUUAAAACAGUAUUAUGAUAAAAAUUGGAGAAAAAACAAAAAUGUGUAAACAUUUGUUUGAAAUAUUAAAUUUCAAUAAAGUCCCCACCGUGCCAGAAAAAAAUAAUGUUUUGUGUCUAGAGACACACAAGAGUGGGACUUAAAGUUGUGUAAUCAAGGAAGAGUUUGUACUUUGAAAAUAGUUUCUGAUGUUUGUAUUCUUACCCAGUGAUC